AUGGUGAUGAACAACAAGGAGAGUACAGUAGCUGCUUUGUUGAAGAGCAAGCAUACGGGUUCAUUGGUUUCGAAUAGUGUGAGAAACAAGAUGGAAAUCAGUCAUGCCAAUCUAUCACCAAUUAAACCAUACAUGCAAGAGGAAGAUGUUGAAUACCAACAACACGAACAACAUCAAGUAGCAGUGUUACACGAAAAUAUGUACUUACAUUUAGGUAACUUUCGAAUGGAAAGAGCUUUAGAAGAAUGGUCAAACAUCUUUUCUCCAGAUCAAAUCUGUACUGAUCCAAACAUGCUAAAGACAUUACUACAAGAUUGCUCUGCCAUGGAACAAGUCAACCAAGUAAGAGCUGUCAUUUAUCCAACUGAUAAAGAACAAAUUGUGAAACUUGUCAAGAUUUCCAACAAAUUCAAAAUUCCAAUCUAUCCAGUGAGUACAGGUAAUAACUGGGGAUAUGGCAGUAUGAAUCCACCUCCUCAACAUGACGUGUCAACCAACUCUGUUCGAGAAGGAAUCAUCUUGAACAUGUCAAGAAUGACAGAAAUCAAAUUUGACAUCAAAAGUGGUGUAGUAACAGUUCAACCAGGAGUAACCCAACGUUUACUCAAUCAAUAUCUUAAAGACAAUAACCUCUCCUAUCUCAUACCUGUCACUGGUGGUGGACCUGACACAAGUCUACUGGGAAAUGCCCUAGAGAGAGGUUAUGGAAUUACUCCACAUGCUGAUCACUUUUCUGCUUGUAUGUCUCUAGAGGCAAUUCUACCAAAUGGAGAAGUUUACAAUUCAAUGCUUCAUCAAAUGGGAGCUCCACAAAUAGAUAAACUCUAUAAAUGGGGAACAGGUCCGUAUGUUUGUGGAAUUUUCACUCAGGGUAAUUUUGGUAUUGUAACAGAGAUGAGUAUUGCGUUGGCUACUAGACCUGAAAGGGUGGAGGCAUUCUUUUUUGCAGUGGAUGAGUUGGAUGUUGGAGUUCAGAAAGUUAAGGAGAUUUUAACCAAAAUUGGAAAUGUUACUGGUUCCAUUAAUUUGAUGAAUAAUAGAAGGAUGAUUUCAAUGACACUUCCUUAUCCGAAAGAAAAGAUUGGGAAGGAUCAGGUAAUUCCUGACGAAAUGCUUUCGAAUAUGCAAAAAAGUAUUGGAGUUUCGAACUGGAAUGGUGCGGGAACCAUUUAUGGAAGUGAACAAGUUGUGAAAGCUGCCAAGAAGGAAAUCAAAAAGAUUUUGAAACAAUCCACUAGAAAAAUUAUCUUUCUCAAUCCAAAAGAAACCUCAACUUACUGUUCCAUUCUAGAUAAGGUUAGUUUCGUCCAGAAUAUUCCAAUUGUCAAAGCUCUGUACGCUGUCAAUGAAAGCUUAAAAUUAAUGAAUGGAGAACCAAGUCAAGUUGCUCUUCCAUUGGCUUAUUGGAAAGCUGGGAAGAAACCAACAGAGAAACCAAUGAAUCCAUCACAGGAUGGUUGCGGACUUUUAUGGUUUGCUCCAUUGGUUCCACUUCAUCCAGAAAAUGUUCAGGAAUUUGUAGAGUUGGCUCAACGUGUCUGUAUUAAGCAUGGUAUUGAACCACUCAUCACUUUGACAAGUAUGAACGACAGGGCAUGUGACAGCACUAUUCCAAUAUUAUUUGACAGGUCAGAUCCAGAACAAGUCAAAAAAGCUCAUCAAUGUUUUGAUGAAUUAUUUGAAGAAGGAUCCAAGUUGGGUUAUGUACCUUAUAGAUUAAAUGUAAAUGCUAUGCGAAAGGUUUCAGAUAGAAAGGCAGUUCCAUCCAUUUUGAAAUCUUUAAAAACUGCAAUCGAUCCAAAUAAUAUCAUUGCUCCAGGAAGAUAUGGUUUGUAA